CGAUUGAGGGCUUUGAGACUGGAAGGCAACUAAACUGGGCCAAAUGUGGGUCGCCGUCCCCAGAACCCUCGCCCUCUGCCCCAUUACUCCACCAAACCCUAGCUCCUUCUCCUCCCCCUCGUUUUCUCCUCUCGUCUUCUCCGCCCCCUCAUCCUUUGCUCCUACUCCUCCUCCUCCUCCUCUGCGCGCUUCAUCCUCGCCGCGCAUAUCCCCAACCCAUCCUUCGCCGCCGCGGCGGGCUCCUGGGGAAUCCGGGGCCGGCGCCGGCGAAGACUCCCGGCGGCAGCACAAGGCCCUCCUCGUCGAGACCUUCCACCAGAGCAGCACCCUCAGGGCGUUGCUCCGGCAGCUGUCAAGAAAGGGUUCGGACCCGCUUCGGAUGUUAAGGAGAGAUGGGGACUGGACGAGUGAUCAGCUGUGGGCCGCCGUCGCCUUCCUCGCAGAGAGCGGACGGAGCGGGGAGGCUCUCCAGGUGUUUGAUUACUGGAAGAACAACGAGAUUGCCCGAAUUAAUGAAGCCAACUACUCAAGAAUAAUAAGAUUUUUGUGUGAAAGAAGUUUCACGAGUGAAGCUGUCUCUGCUUUUCAAGAUAUGAAGAGUCAUGAUCUCAUUCCUUCCUUGGCUAUAUACAAUGCCAUUAUUCAUGGAUUCGCUCGAGAGAAGAAAUUUGAUGAAGCUAUUGCCACUUUGGAAAAGAUAUCAGAGGUGGGCCUUCCUCGAAAAUCCGAAACAUACAAUGGGCUCAUUCAAGCUUAUGGAAGUCACAAAAUGUAUGACGAUAUGAGUAAGUGUGUAAAAAGGAUGGAAUCAGAUGGUUGUUUUCCAGAUGAAGUAACUUAUAACAUACUGAUAACUGAAUUUGCGCGAGGUGGACUCAUAGAAAGAGUGGAAAGGACAUUCCGAACUCUUCUUUCUAAGCGUAUGAAUUUACAGCCUUCCACAUUGGUUGCGAUGCUCGAGGCUUAUACAGACCUGGAGAUUUUGGAGAAGAUGGAGAAGGCUUAUAACAGGGUUUUAAAAACAAAGGCUUUUUUAAAGGAGAGCCUUAUUAGGAAAUUAGCAAAGGUGUAUAUAAAGAACCAUAGAUUUUCUUGUUUGGAGGAUUUAGGAAAUGAUAUUGGUGGUACAGUCGGUAGAAAUGACCUCGUCUGGUGUAUCCUACUCCUCUCAAGUGCUUGCUGUUUGAGCCGUAAAGGUAUAGAUUCUGUAGUCCGAGAAAUGGAAGUUGCAAAAGCACAGUUCAGCAUCACUUUCGCAAAUAUCCUUGCUCAUUUUUAUCUGAAGAUGAAGGAUUUCAGGGCGUUAGAUGUAACAUUCAUGAGAGCAAGAAAGGAAAAUAUAAAGCCUGAUAUUGUAACCAUUGGAAUCCUUUUUGAUGCAUGCAAGAUUGGGUACGAUGGAACACGUGUGUUGGAAGAAUGGGUCAGGAAUGGUUACUUGCAGGACAUAGCUCAAAUGAGAACCAACGAAUUAGUCCUUACUGCAUUUGGCAAAGGAUUCUUUCUUAUUAAAUGUGAGAAGCUAUACUCUUCGCUUGAAUCUGACAAAAAAAGGAGUCAUUCGUGGAGAUAUUGUGACUUAAUUAGCCUUGCUUUCAGUGGAAGGAAAACAGGAGGUCAGCAACCCGGAUUGAACACAAACAAGUAUGAAGAUUUGGGUUGAAGGAAUAUAUAUAUAUAUAUAUAUAUAUAUCAAGCCGAAAAUGAUGCCACAAUUUGUUAAAGGCACCUCAUGGUGUGAGGAACGGAAAUAUGGCCUGAAAGAAUGGAAAGAUUACAUGGUGCCAACUUUCUCAAGAACAACUGCUUCCUUUCCAACGGUAGCAUUUAAAUUUGACCUUGGUGUAUUCUCUAUAGUGAUGGAGCAAAGCUGGGGCCUACAAAUUUAAUUAAGAGAAACAAUGUCAAUGUGCUAGAGACUGAGCUCUUGCUUCGAAGCAAUAAUGUCUUUAAAACAAAGAAUGCAUGACAAAAUCGGAUCCAAGGCUAGCUUCUGGUGGUUUCUAGAUAAAUGCAAGACCCCUUACGAUGAUGUAGUUAUCCUUUUCUGAUUCCCAUUCUAGAGAAUGGAAAUUGUGAGUGCUUUUCUUCAUUCUAUAUUGGGUAAGGUGAUUUUGCGGCACGAGGCUGAGUGAUGUUUAUCCUAGCAUUUCUUUCAUUGUAAUUGUUGGGUCAUUUUUUGGUGGGCUUGCUUGUUUCGGACCUCGUGUUUACAUAGUAGUUACUAUGCAUGUGUAAUUUAGUGGGAAGCUUGUUACUGCCGAAUGAUCACUGAUAUACUUUCAAAUCAUAAUGUAUAUAUAUAUAUAUAUAUAUAUAUAUAUAUAUAUAUAUGAUGAAUGUAGCCAAAAUAAGGAAUCGGUUUGAAGUUGUCCA